GUGUUUGAGAGGAGCCAAAGGGAUAGGAGAGACAGAGUGGGUGCCACAGGGUGAAGAGGACAGAGACGAAGAAGGACUAAGAGACAGAGAGAGAUAUUCUUGUGGGAUCUCUGCCUGACCCACCACGACCUCCAGGAUGUUUAAGAAAAGGGACAAGGACAGUACGCUCAAGGGCUCGGGCAAGCUCAGCAAGGCCCAGGCCAGCAGUCUGGCCUUGCUGAUCGCCCAGAUGCAAAAGAAUGCCGACACAGUGGAGAAAGACAUCCUCCGGUCUGAGGAGCUCCUCGCUGUGGACGCUGAAAAUGACAAGAAAGAUCUGCCCUUCCAGCACCAGGCUGAGAUAUCAGACAAGCUGGGCGAGGCCGAGGGCCUUCUGAAGGACCUCUUCCUGGAUGUCGACAAAGCCAAGAAGUACCAACACCACCAGGCCAGAGAGAUAGAGAGCGAUGUCAUCCAUCUCCACGAGCGCUGGUUGAAGGACUGUGCCUUCUACCGAGACAUUUACGAGCAGAUUGAUGAUGUGUCGCUGAUGCCCAGAAUCAACUGGGGGCCUGUUUUCAAUGAGAAACAAAAAUCAGUGAACUCGGAGGAGUACGGCCCCUCUAUGGCGGAACUGGAGAAGCAGGUCGCCGCUCAUAACAUCCUGCACAAAGAGAUCGAGGCCUACAACUCACAGCUCUGCGUCAGCUCUGCAGGCAGCAAGGAUCAAUAUGUGGCCCUGAAGAAGCAGUACAACAAUCUACUGGAAAACUCCAAGUGGCGUCGCCACUACCUGAACAGCCUGUACGAAUUCGUGCAUGGCUGUGAAAAGGAGGUGGGCUUCCUUAAGGACGAACAAGAUAAGAUCAAAAAGCAGGACUGGAGUGACCACAUGGUGGACCCACCUGACAUCCGCAGGCAGUAUGAGAACUUUAAGAACAACAGCCUGCUGUCCCAUGAGAGUGAGGUGAACAAAAUCCAGGAUGAAGGAGAAAGACUUAUUGGACUGAAGCACCCUGCCAGUGGCACAAUAGAGGCUCAGAAAGAUGCUGUUCGAAACGAGUGGCAGAAAUUUCUCAAUCUCUGCAUUUGUCAAGAGACACACCUGGACAAUGUGGAGGAAUACAAGAAGUACCAACUGGAGGCUGAGCAGCUGUCAGAGAACCUGACCAAACUCAACAACAGCCUGGACCCCAAGUCCCUCAACAAGAUGAGCAACUCAGAGAAAGUGCUGCAGCUCGAGGCCGAAGAGACAGCUGUAGAAAACAGCGAAAAGCUGCUGGCAGACCUGAGGAGACGCAGCACCGCCAUCGCUCCUCUGAAGCUACGACGCAACGCCCCCAAUAGACCCAUCACAGUGGAGUCCCUGUGUGACUGGGAGACAGAUAAGGAUUCUCUGGAAAGAGGUGAGAAGUUCACCCUGAAAUCCAACUCAGACGAGAACUGGGAUGUUACUUCCACAAAUGGGGCAACAAAAACCUUCCCGGGAGUCUGCUUUCAGAUCCCUCCACCUGACCCUGAGGCCAUUGACAAAGUGGACCUGUUAGGACGUGAACUGGCAGAUAUCAAGAAGAGAAGAGCUGCUCUGGCGACAUCCCUGAAGAACAACAAAGCCGAGAGCUCCAGGGCCCUACAAUCAGCCCCAGUGUCCUCUGGCCCACCGGAUCCCAAAGUGACAGCCCUGGCUCAGCAGCUGGACAAGCUGGACGGUGACCUGGCCAACGCUGAGGAGAGCAUGCUGAGUCGCCUGCGAGCCCCGCUAAACCCUGCUGACCCUGCUGGAGAUCUGGCCAGGAGGCUGAGGGAACAGGAGGAAGCUAGCAGGGCUCUGAAGGCUCUGGAGCAGCAGAAGCAGGCAGCUCAGGCUGACCUGCAGCCGCUGCUGUCCAAAGAUCCCAGCAAUUCCGCACUGCCACUCAAACUGAGCGCUGCCAACAACAAGGCUGACAGCAUCGCAGAACUUGCUGAUCUUUACACCAAGAAAGCAAAUGCAUCUCUCAAUCUGGAGAGGCAGAUUAAGAAGGUGGAUGGCCUCGUCUCUGGGUUUGAGAAAAAUCUGAGUGACGAUGGUCCAAUCCCUGAUGUGCCAAAUGCAAUCCAAACCCGUGCUGAUGACCUUCAGUACCAGCGAAAGGCCGUGGCAGCGGCUCAGGACGACAUGAAGAAGCUGGGUCAGGAUCUGGAGACCACAGAGCAGCUGUGCAGCUCUCUGCAGCAGGGCUACCAGGAGUACUGCCCUGACAUCCCACGCCAGAGAGCAGAGGUCAAGCAGCUGCAGAAUCGCUACACAAAUGUGGCCAACCAGCUGAAAUACAGAGAAAACAUCUUACAAGAAGCUGCAACCAAGAACCAAGAGUACCAGAGCACGUCCAAAUCCCUGAAGUCCUUCCUGGACAACCUGCCGCAAGACCAGGUUAACUACAAUGAUGAUGUGUCCCAGGUCACUGCUAGGCAGAGCUCCCAAGAGAGGGUGAUGGAUGAUCUGAAGAGGAAGGGAGAUGACAUGAACAGAGUGACUGGCCUGUCUCAAGACCUGCAGAGUCUACUCAAUGAAUAUGAGACCAACGUUGACAGAUACAACAGUGCACUUGAGGACGCUGGAGCCACUGUAUCCCAGAAAUCUAGUAUGCCAACAAUGGCUGAUGCUCUUCAGAGAGAGGAAAAAGAUCUGGUCAACCGUUACGCAAAAGCAUCUGCUGAAAAUGCUCAACGCCAAAAACAGAUGGACUUGGCUAAGAAUCUCAUUGCACUAAAUGAAGAGAAAGUGCAGCUGGUGGCACAGCAACAAGUUCAGCUUGAAAGCCAGCAAAGGAGUUCUUUUGAGCUAAACAGUCUGUUAAAAGACCUGGACGAAGAGAAGGACAGGAAAACUCGUGCUGAGAUAGAAAUGAGAACCUUUAAAGACAGGCUGAUGUCAUUGAAGAAUCGCAGAGGAGUGGAGCGCAUUGAGGAGAAAGAAGUACUGGAGUACUUUCGCGACCCAAAACUGGAAAGUGAUUUAGUUGAUCUGCAGAGGAAACUGCAGGAAGAGUUGCUGAAACGUAGCACCACCCACACUGAGAUUGAGGUGAUUAACAAGAAAAUCACAACCAUGGAGGACACCCUCAAAAACACUCCACCCAAACUGGUGACCAGAGAGGUGACAGAGUAUGAAAGAGAUCCUCAGCUGGAUGUAGAUGCCGCUAAGACAAGAGACGAGAUAGCAAGGAUGAAAGAUGAAAUUCGAGUGAGAGAUGGGGAGCAUAUUCAGAUGAGGACAGAAGUUACGAUUCUCCAGCAGAAGAGACCAACCAUCAAAGAGAGGGUGGUGAAGAAGGAAGUGGUAAAGGUGGAACAGGACCCAGAGAUGGUAAAAGCAGUGCGUACAUUCGAGACGGAAAUCUCUGAAGAGAACAACAAGAUUAAGCUCAUCAAUGAUUCAAUCUUCCAGACAAGAGGCCAGAUUAAUGCAAUUGAGAGACUGAUUCCUAACAUUCAGCCCAAGAUCAUCACUAAAGAAGUGAAAAAGAUUGAACAAGACCCUGAACUCAUCAAUGAAUCUAAGAGAAUUCGAACAGGCAUAGAGGAAGAAAGGAUUGAAAACGACUCUUUGUGCAGAGAGUUGAAGGAGCUCCACAGCCGCUACCGAGAAGUUCAAGACUGGAAGCCAAAAAUUGAGGUGAAGGAAAUCAUUAAUGAGAUCUACAGGAUUGACCCGAAUACAGAGAUGGAGAUAAUGCGGCUCAGGAAAGAUAUACAAGACACCAACAGGCAACGUUCUGAUAUGGACAGAGAGCUCACAGAGGUCACGACAAAUGUGAACAUCCUUCGUUCUGAGAAGCCCAUUGUGGAGAUGAAGGAAGUUGUCAAAGAGGUGGUUAAGGAAGAAAGAAGCCCUGAAAAUGAGAGAGAGAUUCAGAGGCUAAAAGAUCAGGUGAACUAUUUACGCACCACUUACGACUCCCUCCAGGACCAGGUGAGAGUGCUCAGGAGAGACAGAGAUGAAUGGAAGGCUGAAAAGUCCAAGAUAGAGACCAAAGUUGUCACAAGAGAUGUCAUCAAGUAUGAAGCUGAUCCUCUGUUGGAGAAAGAAGCUGAACGCUUGAGAAAAAAUGUGCGGGAGGAGGCACAACUGCGGCGCAGCAUUGAGGAGAUGGUGUUUGAUCUCCAAAACAACUACAUCCUGUUGGAGAGACAGAAACCUGAGGAGAAAGUGGUUGUGCAGGAGGUUGUGCGUCUACAGAAGGACCCAAGGCAGUUAGCCGUGCAUGAGAGGCUCAGCAGGAGCCUGGAUGAAGAAGUAAUGUCCCGGCGUCAGAUAAACCUAGAGCUGCAGCAACUAAGAACAAAGCUAGAAGAUAAAGAGAGGAUCCUCAGAGAAAGCGAAGAGCGCCAAAAGAGGAUUCAAGCUGAGUUUGAACUCAAAGAGAUUCGACUGCGCAUCACACAGCUGGAAAAUGCCCCACCUCCUGUUGAGGAAAGUAUUAUUGUCGAGGAGGUACUGAAGGUUGAGAGAGACCCAAAACUGGAGAGGCUGACAAGCAAUGUUCGGUCAGACAUGGACAAGGAAACCAGCGAUAUUCUGCGUAUCCAAAGAGACAUCCGUAACAUCACUCUGAAGCUUGAGAUCCUGCAGAAGGAGAAGACUAGUGAGAGGACAGUGUACAAAGAGGUUGUCCGUGUUGAGAAAGACCAGGCUGUUGAAGCCGAGAGGGAUCGCCUGAGGGAACAGGUGUCGCAGAGUAAAUUUGCCAGACAGGACUUGGAAGAUGAAAUCAGACGUCUCAAUGAUAAAAUCAACCUCCUGAAGGGCAGCAAAUCCAGCUCUUCAAGAGAGGAGGCUACCCUCAAUUCAACCAUAGAUAACUUGCAGAGGGAGAGGGACAACCUCACUCGGGAGCUCAGGACACUCGAGGCCACAAGACAUGACAUCAGCCUGACUUACCAGCAGCAGACCAAGCUAGUGAGUGAGAGAACACAUAUGAGCAGGCAGAGGAGCCUUAAGAUGGAGUCUGACGUUCAACGUCUGGAGAGGGAGAUCCUGGAAGAAAAAGACAAGAUCCAUCAGCGCGACAGCACCCUCAGGGAUCUUGUGCUGAACCUGCAAAAAGAGGAGCAUGCAGAGACAAGGACCAAAGAGACCAAUGUCUCCACCAAAAUCACCAUUCUGGAUCCAGAUACAGGCAAAGACAUGUCCCCUUAUGAUGCCCUCCUGCAGGGCCUGAUUGAUCGUCAACAGUACAUUCAUCUGCAGGAGCUGGAGUGUGACUGGGAGGAGAUCACUUCCUUAGGGCCUGAUGGGGAGACAUCUCUACUGCAGGAUCGCAAGAGUGGAAAGCAGUACUCGAUUAAAGAUGCCCUGAAGGAAGGCCGGCUGACAGAGUAUGAUGUACAACAGUACAAAAAAGGCAAGAUUCCCAUCUCAGAGUUUGCCUUGCUGGUUGCCGGUGAGAAUAAGAAGCAACCCAAGUUCAACUCACUCAUCCCAAAGACCACUACAGCAGUUAACGCAGCCCCCUCAGACCCCUCCAAAGAAGUCAACCCAGUUGCUGGAGUAAUAGAUACAAACACUGACACCUGCUAUACAAUACGCAGCGCCACCCUGCGUAAACUGAUUGACCCCACCACUGCCCAAAAACUUCUUGAGGCUCAGGCAUCAACAGGUGGUGUCAUUGACAUCAGCAAUGGUCAGAGAUACACAGUUCACAAGGCAGCAUCCAGAGGCCUCAUUGACGAAAGUCAUCUCCAAAGGCUACUCAAUGCACAAAAGGCCUUUACUGGUGUUGAAGAUCCCAUGACCAGAGAGUGUUUGUCUGUGGGAGAAGCUGUUCAGAAAGGCUGGAUGCCAAAGGAAACUGCCAUGCGCUACAUGGAGGCACAGCAUCUGACAGGAGGACUGGUCAAUCCUGUUACUGGCCGCAGAGUUAACGUCUUUGAUGCCCUUGGGUCCAAAAUGAUCGACAGUGGAAUGAUGAGGGAGCUGCAGGCCGAGACAACCUACACCAAGGAUAUUGUUGACCCAAUCACAAAGGAGAAGAUCAGCUACAAACAAGCUCUGGAUCGCUGUAAGAAAGACCCAGUGUCAGGCUUACCAAUGCUACCCGCCUCCUCCAAAGAAUCUGGUUACACUCCAACGUACAACUCAACUAAUAGAUAUGCAAGAUUCUAGAUAUGUUUACAACAUCGUUGGAGUUAUCUGUUCUGUGGUGUGCUGUGGUAAAACAUGUACUAUUAGAUUAUGGGAAAUCCAUACAUUAAUUACAAUAUAGGCUACAUUUUGACUCAGGAAAAGUCUUCUACUGCAAAGCUUUCUAUCUAGCCAAAGUGACUGCUGCUGUGUUGCCUUUGUUUACCAAACAUGUCUGAUGUGGGCAGAUUUAUUUUUGAUUUAAUUUAAAAGCAGAGAAUAUAAAUGCAGUUUAUCUUUGAUAUUAUUGUGUUAUUAAGGAUACUGGGACAUGGUGCAAUGCUUUUACAAAGAUUGAUUUGACUCUGUAAUACUCAUGGGCUAUCCUUGACACUGUUGACUUUAAAUUCAAUCUUGUUUGAUACUUUAUGAAGAAACUAAUAUCAAUAAAUUUAAAUUAUAACAGUUAAA